AUGGACGCACGAAAUAAGGACUGUAGACAAGCUCACUCGCUAAGUAUAGUUCAAUGGAACGCCCGCAGUAUUAAACCUAAAUUAAAUGAACUUGUACAUAAUUCUAGAAAUGUUGAUAUUUUUCUUAUUUCAGAGACCUGGCUCAAGAAGAAGGAUAUCAUAUAUGCUAAGGGGUUUGACGUUGUAAGGAGUGACCGUGCUCGUGGUAAUGAAGGAGGUGUAAUGAUUAUGGUAAGAAGUACUUUGAGAUACUCUGUGGUUCGGGAUUUGUUUGAUUGCAAUGGUGCUGAAUCUACGGUUGAUUUAACGUUUGUCGACUAUAACUCAGCUUUGCUUUUCGAGUGGAAAAUAGGUUCGGAUUAUUGGGGAAGUGAUCACAUUCCUAUUUUUAUUAGAUGUGACGGCCGAGUCCAGUCCGGUUGUGAACGCAGAAAAUCUAACAGGUUAUAUAAUUCGGCGGUAGAUUGGUCAAUAUAUAAGUCUUGCAUAAGUGAGAAAAUUCCUGACCUGGUUGAGUUAAUGUCUUCAGAGAAUGACAUCCAAACAAAGUACUCUUCCUUUACUGCCACUUUGGCGAGUAGUAUUCAGCAAGCUUGUCCCUCUGCCACUAGAAAACUUGAUGGAAAACCCCACCAGUCUAAGUCUAAAUCCAAAGCUCCUCCGUCAGCAUGGUGGAAUGGGGAAUGCGAUAGGUUAGUAAGGUUGCGUAAGGCGGCAUUACUUAAGUUUAAAGCUAAUAGAUCGUGUGACAACUUCAUCGCGUACAAAAAAGCCCAGGCUGAAGCUCUGGUUGGUUUGAGACGGAUCAAGAAAGAAAGUUUCAAGAACUUUUGUGCUAGCCUGUCUAAAAAUACCAAUCCUAAGUUCCUUUGGAACACUAUUAAGGGUUUCCAAAACAGAUGGAAUUAUAGAGAGAAUGCCAACGAGUAUGAUAAGAAUAAAAUUAGUGCAGUGAAGGUUAUGAUCGAAGAACUCUGUCCGCCUUGGGUACCAAAUCACAGACCUUGUCUCAAUUAUGAUACUGCAGAUCCUUUCCUCGACUUAGCUUUCAUACGCGAUGAACUACAGUUCGCGCUGUCCGAGCUAAAACUAAAGAAUAAUAGAAGGACAGAGCCUCUCAGGUGGAAUAUUGUUGUUAAGGGAUCACCAAUCAGUAACUCGGAGGUAGUUCGGUUUCUUGGCAUGGAUCUUCAAGCCCAUUUAAGCUGGAAACACCACAUAGAAAACGUUGAUAAAAAAUGCCGGAAUGCCUUGAAGACAAUUAACUGUUUAAGGCGUACUUGGUGGGGAGCAGACCCCAUGCUUCUUAUUAGGGUUUAUAGAGCUUUAAUUCAUUCCAGACUGGAGUAUGGUGGACUAGUGUUGUUUAAUUUGACUAAAACCGAGAAAGCUAAGUUGGACAGGAUUCAAUUCAGAAGCCUCAGGGCAGCGUUAGGCUAUUCUUCAUCCACCCCAUGUAAUGUAAUCUUAGCUGAGGCCAAGGAACCUCCCCUCAAUAUAAGAUUCCGGUACUUGACGUUCAACUUCUUGGCUAGAGCCUCUUCCAGAGAAGAUCACAGGAUUUUACAAAUCCUUCAAGAAAUAAUGAACUUGGAGGAUAACCCCACAAUAAUCAAUAGAGAUGGCCCGGUGAACUUAGUUGAAUGUUUCCGAGCAAUUGAACUACAUAGGCACCUCAUCAGGUCGUCAAGUAGUCCCUUAUGUUACAGUGUCGGGUUUGAGGCAAUUUGGUAUCAUCCACAAGUUUCCUUCGCGGAGGGCGAAGAGAUUAGUAGUUCCAUGAGGUGUCAGGAGCUCUUCUGUGACAUCUUCGAGGAGUAUUUAGGUGGCUGGACAUGUAUUUUCACGGAUGGGUCCAAAACGGAAAACGCUCCAUUCGGAGGCUUCGCGGUGGUUCUGCCAUUAGAAUCGAUAGAAAUAGAGUUUAGAGCUCCCAAACACGCAUCAAUCUUCACUCUCGAAGCGUUGGCUAUUUAUGAAUCUCUUAAAUUAAUUGAGGAAUCCCCGUUUAGAUGCUUUGCCAUUUUUUCAGACUCUAAAAGCGUUUUACAGGCACUAGUGUCAGACAAGGCCUUGGGCAAGAAAUCGUACUUGAUACUUGUAAUUAAAGAACUUUCAAGAAAAUUGAGCUUGAGGGGUAAAAGAAUCAAACUCUUCUGGAUUCCCGCGCACUGCGACAUUAGUGGUAACGAGGCAGCAGACAGGGUUGAUAAAAAGGCCAUUUACUCAGGGAAAGACACCAAUCUUCAUCUCCCCGCGAGUGACUUCAAAAAGAUGGGAAAAGACCUUAUGUGGUCGGAGUUUCACAAAUGGUUUAUGUUUACUAAUACAGAUAAGGGAAAUUACUACAGAAAUUUCUACUAUACUAAUAACUCCAAGCCCUGGUUCAGUAAGUUUAAACUAAAUAGACGCUCAGUGGUCUCCAUUAACAGACUACGAAGUGGUCAUCACUCGCUUAAUUCCUGCUUAGCCAAAUAUAAGAUUGUACAGUCGCCUGCUUGUGCCUGUGGAGCACCAGAAGAAACCCCGAACCACAUUCUAUUUCAGUGUCCCCUAUACGAAUCUCAAAGAGCUGGUUUUAUUAAAGCAUUAAGUAUUAAUAUAGGUCAAGGCCCUUACAAUGUUGAAUCUCUUUUAAGCAGCUUGAGUCAGGGAAUUAUUAAUUGCCUAAGUACAUUUUUAUCAUCUAUUAAGAAAUUUAUUUAA